AUGUCUGGGCUCUUUGGUAGCGGAAGCUCAACUACAACACAGCAAGCUUCGAACACAACAGGGGACAUCUCCAAAGAUGUGACUUUAAACAGCCCACCAGAAGAUGGGAUAUCAGAGAUUACCUUUUCACCACAAUCAGAGCACCUGGCAGUGUCAUCCUGGGACAAAAAAGUCAGAAUCUACGAAAUAAACCAGCAAGGAGGCAGCGAGGGGAAAGCGCUAUUCGAGCACGAGGGGCCAGUCCUCAGCUGUUGUUGGUCAAAAGUAAGUCAUACUCUAACAACGUCGUACCCUCAAAGUCUAAUGCUCUCGAAGGAUGGUACCAAGGUGGUGGGCGCUGGAGCGGACAAAGCUGCUCGAAUGCUUGAUCUCCAGAACCCAGGUACCCCAGCACAGCAAGUGGCGGCGCAUGAGAAGGAAAUACGGUGUGCUCGAUUCGUCGAUGUACCAGGCCAGCAGACACCGGUGCUCGUCACAGGCUCAUGGGACAAGACGAUGAAAUAUUGGGACCUACGACAACCAAACCCAGUGGCCAGCAUAACAUGCCAAGAGAGAGUAUACACGAUGGACUCAAAAGACAAGAUGCUCGUAAUAGGCACAGCGGACCGCUACGUCAACAUCAUCAACCUCGACAAGCCAGGCGAAUUUUACAAAACAAUGCAAUCUCCGUUGAAAUGGCAGACAAGGGUCAUAUCAUGCUUCACAGACGCAACAGGCUUUGCAGUAGGCUCAAUAGAGGGCCGCUGCGCGAUCCAGUAUUGUGAAGAAAAAGACGCGAGCUCCAAUUUCAGUUUCAAAUGCCAUCGCCAAACACCGCCCAACCAAAGUAACGUCAGCAACGUCUAUAGCGUCAACGCCAUAUCCUUCCACCCACAACAUGGCACCUUCAGCACAGCUGGUAGCGACGGGACCUUUCACUUCUGGGACAAAGAUGCGAAACAUAGAUUGAAAGGAUAUCCGGAGGUUGGUGGGACGAUUUCGAGUACUGCGUUCAGCAGAACGGGGGAUAUCUUUGCAUACGCGGUCAGCUACGAUUGGAGUAAGGGCUAUCAGGCUAAUACGCCGCAAUUGCCGAAUAAGGUAAUGUUGCAUGCUGUGCAGGCGGACGAGGCGAAGCCCAGACCGAAGGUUGGGAAGAGAUGA